AAAGUUCAAGAAAUGAAAUACAUUUUUUUUGUAACAAUGUAAAAGUCUUUGGGCUACAGUCAUAUUUGACCAAUUUAAUGCCAAAUAAAAGUAUUCAUUUAAAAAAAGAAAAGAAAAAAAAAAAACACAAUUCAUGAUGGUGCUGUUUCCACCAUACUGUCCAAUUCUGAAUCCAGAUGAGAAUUGUUUUCCUGGAGAUGAAAGGUAUACAGAUUGUUGAAUUGUUUUGUAAUUGGAAUCCCUGAGAAAUAUGCAGCAAUAUUAACCUGGAAAAGACACGCACUGUAUCAGCACUGAUAUUUCUGAGAACCCAACAUGUGUCUCUGAGUGUAUAAGAGCAGCAAUCCAUGAAAGAGACCAACAGUAGAGAUCAUUCCCAGAGAACAUGAGACUCUAUCUAGCUGUCUUUGCGCUACUGGUCGCAGUUCACUGCGAGGAGCUCUUUAAUGGGUAAGUUCAGAUACUUAUUUUCAGCCUUGUUUCUUGUUCAGAAUGUGCUAAUUAUCUUUUUUAUUCUUAAUAGAGACCAAGUUCUUAGAAUCCAGGCAGAAUCUGAAGACCACAUUCAGGUUUUGAAGGAGCUGGAGAAGGACAUGGAUUGGGGGCUGGAUUUCUGGACCCAUGGCUUCUCUACUGAACGGCCUGUUGAUAUCCGUGUGCCUCACGCCAGUCUGUAUGCUUUCAAAGACUUCCUCAUGGAAAACAACAUCCCUUUUACUGUCAUGAUCAACAAUGUGCAGGAACUUUUGGACAGGGAGAGAGCAGAAAUGGUUAGUAAUGCAGAUAUUGAACGCAAGACCAAGAGCUUCAACUUUGCUGCUUAUCACGACCUGGAGACUAUUUACAGUUUUAUGGACACCCUUGUUGCGAGUCACCCUAACCUGAUCUCUAAAGUGAAGAUUGGAAGCACUUAUGAGAACCGUCCCAUGUAUGCCCUGAAGUUCAGCACUGGUGGAGAGAAAAAGCCUGCAAUCUGGAUUGAUGCUGGAAUCCAUGCCAGGGAGUGGGUUUCUCAUGCCUCAGCAGUGUGGAUUGCUGACAGGAUUGCCACAGACUUUAAGGAAAACCGUGCCCCUGUGCCCAGUAUCCUUAGUCAAAUGGAUAUUUUCCUGAUGAUUGUGGCCAAUCCUGAUGGAUAUGUCUUCUCCCACAUCUCUCCCCGUGAAUUUCACCGUUUGUGGCGUAAGAGUCGGUCUGUGACCUCUAACCCCAACUGCCCUGGUGUUGACCUCAACAGAAACUUUGAUGCUGAAUUUAGUGGUCCUGGAGCAAGCGAUGACCCCUGCGGCGAAGACUAUCGCGGUCCUUCUGCUCAAUCCGAGAUUGAAGUGAAAAACAUUGCGGACUUCAUCACGAGCCACGGCAACUUCAAAUCCUUCAUGACCCUCCAUGCUUACUCCCAGCUCUUAAUGUAUCCCUAUGCUUACAGCGGCACAAACGCUCCUGACCAGCCUGAACUGCAUGAUGUGGCCACACAAGCAAACAAAGCCCUCAAUUCUUGGCAUGGCACCAUUUAUAAAGUUGGAAGUAUCUUCCACACCAUCGAGCAAGCUAGUGGUGCAAGUGUUGACUGGGCUUACCAACGCGGAAUCAAAUAUUCCUUUGCUUUUGAGUUGCGUGACACUGGCAAAUACGGAUUCCUCCUGCCUGCCGACCAGAUCGUUUCCACUGCGAGGGAAACAUGGUUGGCUCUCAGAUACAUUAUGCAAUAUGUUUGUGAUCACCCUUAUUGAGAGAAAUGUACUAAAGCUUCAAUAAAGGUCCCAGAUGAUAUAUACUGGAAA